UUUCAAAACAAACGCAUCGCGGCUGUCAACAACAGUGAGAAUGGAUGCGGUGGCUUGAACGGAAGACUCAACAAACGAAUAACGAAACAGUCUGAAUACAUGUAGCCUUUAAAUGCGUUCAUGGUGAUUUGUGUUUGAUCUAUAGCACAAUAAUCACGAUUAAACGUUUUUGUGCGUAUGUGAAUGAGGAUCGUCUGCACGGAAAAACAAACGACCCCUAGUAAACUAACCCAGUGAACUGGUUGGGUUAAAAUAUUUUUUUAGAGAUGGAAGCUCGUGGAUUGUCAUGUGAAAGCUCAAACAGUGCAGUAAAAGCUCCUUCCAUCGAGGACUUUGUGAUCGUCAAACCCAUCAGUCGAGGAGCUUUUGGGAAGGUUUACCUCGCCAGAAAAAAAUGCAACUCCAAACUCUACGCCAUCAAGGUGGUGAAGAAAGCAGAAAUGGUGGAUAAGAACAUGACUGAGCAAAUGAGAGCUGAGAGAGAUGCUCUGGCUCUCAGUAAAAGCCCUUUUAUUGUGCAUCUGUUUUACUCCCUUCAAACCGCUACUAAAGUCUAUCUGGUGAUGGAGUAUCUGAUUGGAGGAGAUGUGAAAUCGCUUCUUCAUAUUUAUGGAUACUUUGAUGAGGACAUGUCUCUGAAAUACAUCUCAGAGGUCGCGCUCGCUCUGGAUUACCUUCACAGACACAGCAUUAUUCACAGAGAUUUAAAACCAGACAACAUGCUCAUCUCGAACCAGGGUCACAUUAAGCUCACAGACUUUGGCCUCUCCAAGGUUAAACUCGACAGAGAACUAAACCUGAUGGACAUUUUAACCACACCGUCUUUGGUGAAGCCUACAAAGGAUUAUUUUCGAACACCAGGUCAAGUUCUGUCACUGAUCAGCUCUCUUGGUCUUAACACCCCAGUUAUAGAAGGCAAGCGUCACAGCAGCACAGUAUUGGGCAGCCCAAUGUCCUGUGGGAAAGUCAAGCAGAGAAACAGGUCUUUGGGUUCACCUCUCAUGAAGAGACGUGCCGAGUACCUGAAUUCCCCAGUGUGCACGAGUCGAGCUCUAGCAUCCAACAGUGUAUUCAGUCCUGUCUUGCUGGCCAGAAGUUUGACACCAAGGCUGUUAAAGUCAGGGAAGAGACUCGAGACUCUGAGUGUUGGAAGCACACACUCAUGCAUGCUACCAUCCACUACUGACUCUGAAAACUGUGUCAGCCCCAUGUGGGAAGAUGAGCAGAACUUGCAUGAUGUCGAGAAUAUUCCACAGCUAAAUGGAAGAGAAGUUGACAACAGAAAGUCAAGAAACGUUCCCUUGACUCCUGGGGAAAAGAGGAAGACGCUUCAAGCGCGAGCUCAGGAUCACAGCACUGUUUUUACUCCCCUCAAUAACCAAGUUGACAACAGCAGGAAUAUUAAACCAGACGUUUCUGCAAAGAGGCUCCAGUUUGGUGCAACUGACAACUCUACAACUCCAUUGGGGAAGACUGUUCCUCAUCAGUCAGUUGGGAAUGGUCUUAUGAAACCAGAGCCUCCAAAAGAGCUCAAAUCUUCAGUGAAGAGAGCAUUUGAGGAGGUUGAGAAAAGCCCAGAACAGGUUGAGAUUCUAUGCAAGAAAAAUGAUGCAGCGUACAACAGAUCCUUCCAGAUUCCUGAGAAGACCUCAAAGGCCCACACAGGCUUGACUGGAAUUUUCUCGAUUGUAGGGCUUGAUGACGUUAAAAGUGCACCUAAAUGUCAACAGUUCAAUGAGAGAACUGGCCCAAAGCAAUCUAGUCCCAUAGCCGUGGCCAAAAACCUCUUCUGUGAGCUGGAAGAUCAGGGUGAAGAGGGGGCUAAAGUAGAGCCCAACUCCAGCUCUUCAACUUCGCCCGGUGAUGAGCAAAACAUCAGAAGAAGCCUAAGUUUAGAGUCUGACGUCUCGGCACAUGAGAUGUCAUUGGUUGCUAACACGCCACAAAAAUUGACAGACGCCAAACAAGAAGUUUUAUCUUCGUCUUUCGAGGAGUUGGACGAAAACGAGAUUUCUGCAGCCACCCCAAUGGCCAAACCCACAAUUGCUACACCAAAGCAUAGCAGCGCAAAGCAGCGCAGGGGUGGACGUGAGCGUUCGCUGCUUGAUCAUCCUCAUGGCCUGUCUGACAGUAUGAUGAAAUCACCCGGCUUUCUCAAACCCAAAAAUGUGGUUGCGUUUAGGAGCUACUGCAGCUCAAUCAACCGCUCAUGUACGUCACAUCUCAGCCUGGCCUCGUUUGAUGCCAUGGAAAUGUCAGCGUCCUUUCACAAUGCUGUGACUCCAGUUCAGAAGAAAAGGCCCAGUCUGAGCAACUCUUCUUACCAGACUCCCCAGCAGAUGGUUGUCUCUCACACUCCCUAUAGGACACCUAAAAGUGUCCGUAGAGGUCCUGAACGUGUUGAAGGAGCUCCUAUUUUGGGAACUCCUGACUACUUGGCACCAGAACUUUUAUUAGGCAAGGCUCAUGUUUCAGGGCCUGUACGUUAUGAUUUCAUGGUGGACUGGUGGGCAUUGGGGGUUUGUCUGUUCGAGUUCCUCACCGGAGUCCCACCUUUCAACGAUGAGACCCCUCAGCUGGUGUUCCAGAACAUUCUCAACAGAGAUAUACCGUGGCCAGACGGAGAAGAGGAGUUGACCCCAAAUUCAAGAAAUGCCAUUGAGAUUCUGCUCACCAUGGACACGCUCAAACGGGCCGGCUUAAAAGAGUUGAAGGAUCAUGCCUUUUUUGAUGGUGUGGACUGGGAAAACCUACACCGUCAGACGAUGCCCUUUAUCCCGCAGCCUGACAACGAGACUGACACCUCAUACUUUGAGGCCAGGAAUACGGCACAACAUCUGACCGUUUCCGGCUUCAGUCUCUAAGCAUGUGGAGAUGCGGUUUGUUCAGAACUGUUGUUGAGGAUCCCAUAAUGCUCGUCUUCCAUUCUUUGUUUUGUCUUUGGUUUUUCAUGUCAGAUAUUUUAACGUGUCUUUAUUUUUGUUUGAAAGUAUUCCGGAAUGCAGUCAGGUGGCUUUUUAUUUACCUACAGUAUAUGCACAUACAUGCUGCCAGAUUGCUGCAAAAUCAUCCGUUAUCGGAAAAAGUAAUAUAUUAUGUAACACUACUAUAGAUAUCGACUCUUUAAUGCACAUUUAGAUUGAAGACACUGCUGUUUUAACUUAUGUUUUCAUGAAAACUAUACUUGUCGGGCUGAAAUUUUAACAUGCUAAAUGUUUUAACUAGUCUUAAAGCAAGUACGAUUGCUGCUUCAAACACCAUUCGUUUUCUUUAUUCAUUAAUCAUUUAGUGUGUACACACACCUUCAAACAUGUCCGUGGUUUAUAAUGUACCUGUUUUUAAAUGAUUCUAAUAGGGCUUCCAGUUAAAUAAAAUAAA